AUGCAGAUAAGCGAGCUUAAUGCGGCUAUCCUGGCGAGCAUCGACACUGGAGACUACGAGCGUGCCGCAACUCUACGGGAACAAUGCGUUCGCUUGGAAGAAGAACGCACUGCUCUCCUCCAGCAGAUCUCUGGGUAA